CCUCGAUUCAGUCCAAUUUACAAGCCUACCUUGCAAUGGCCGCUGAGACCGACCGUCCUGCCCCGGAGGCUUUAAUUUCGGCAUUUGAGCCCGAUCGAUUGCUCAAACAAGAUCAAAGCGGCCGCCGCAUAGCUAUCCUUGGAACUAUCCACGGCAAACAAGGCAUCCUGACCGCCGAGCGCGCCGCCUUCGCAACCGAGAGCCCUGAAGUUCUCAAGGCCUUCCACGCGGCGAUCACGCAGGUGACGAACCUAGGCGACAAUGACAUCUAUCGAUGGUACCUAGCAUCAUCCGGUGGCACCAAUAAUGUCACCGCAGCCGCCGCAGCCCAGCAACCCCCGGACCUUAAACUGAACCUCAUCUGGCCCUGCACGGAAUCGCACAUCAAGAAGUACUCGGAGCAGGUGGUCCGCAUGGUGACCGAGACGCCGGAGAUCUACCACGACCACGUGCGCCCGUACAUGAGCGCCAAGCGCGAAGAGGGCAGGCUGAAUUGGGUGUUUAAUAUCCUCGAGGGCCGGACUGAGCAGGAGGACGUGAUUCUGCGAGAUGAGGGUCACCGCGGCGGGGCGGGGGUUGCGGGUGAGUAUCAUUACGAUGAUGCUUUCCUGAUGCUCCCAGACUUGAACUGGGACCGGAAGACGAUGGGAUCGCUACACUUGCUGGCUUUGGUGCAGCGGAGGGACAUUUGGAGCUUGCGCGAUCUCAAGAAGAAACACGUCCCGUGGCUGAAGUAUCUGCGGCAGCGGCUGCUUGAGGGGACUGUCAAGAUGUAUCCGGAGCUGGAGAAGGAUCAGUUGAAGCUUUAUGUGCACUAUCAGCCAACGUACUAUCACUUUCAUAUCCACGUCGUCAACGUCAUGCUGGAGGCUGGCGCUACGCAGGCGACCGGGAAGGCCUUUGGAUUGGAGAAUAUCAUCUCUCAGCUUGAGACCAUCUCUGGUGACGAGGAAGCGGGCAUGGCGGAUGUCAGUCUAACCUAUUUCUUGGGAGAAGCCAGCGAGCUGUGGACGAACGUAUACGGGCCGCUAAAGAGAGGGGAGAAGCCGCAGGCCGGAUGAGAUGACGAUCGUAAGAGAUUGCAUUAGAUAUGUUAUGAG